AAAGAAACGCGGAAGAGAAAAGCAAAACGAGCCUUUCUUUUCGUUUCCCUUUCACUUCCUCUCGCCAGCGACGAGCGAGCGCCGUCCCUCCCUCCCGAGUUCCAUGCUCGCCCGCGUUCGCCGAUGCAAUCCCCUUCGUCUCCCCGCUAAAUCUCCCGCCCUCUUCUCCAUGCCUUCCUUUCUCUCGGUCAAUCCCUUAGCCGCCGCCGUCGCCGCCGCGGCGAGGCUCGACUCCGGCGGCGAGCCCGUCACCGCGGCCUCGACCUCCUCCGGCGGUCCCGACGACCCUGUUCGUCGGCUCGUCGGCGGGCUGAGGGGCUCGGGAGCGGAGGGAUUCGUUGCUUCUUCCCACUUCGGGGCCGUCGUUUCCAAGCUGAGCCGGCUUCAGGUCGACCGAGUGGUGGGUGCUUUGAACGUCGAGAGCCCCGGUUUGGCGGUUGCCUUCUUCGAUGUCUUGAGGAAUGAGUACGGGUUUCGGCAUUCGAGGUUCUCUUGGUUGCUGGUCUCGCAUGUUUUAGCUGGGGAGCGGGAGCUGGGGCGAUUGCGGUGGGUUCUCCAGCAAAUGCUGGAGGAGGAAGGCUCUGGCUCCGCACCUGCUCUUUGCGAGGUUUUAUCAAAUAGCUUCCGCGAUUGGAAAUCAAGUGGCGUCGUGUGGGAUGUGCUUGCCUUUGCUUAUUCGAGAGCCGGGAUGGUGCAUGAUGCCCUCUUUGUCCUUGCAAAGAUGAAGGAUUUAAGAUUGCGAGCUUCUAUAACGACAUAUAAUAGUCUACUGCAUAACUUGAGGCACACGGAUAUCAUGUGGGAUGUAUAUAAUGAGAUAAGAGCGAGCGGCAUCCCUCACAGUGAAUAUACUAAUUCCAUUAUAUUGGAUGGCCUUUGUGGGCAGUCGAGAUUUCAAGAUGCGGUUUCAUUCUUCCAGGAGACUAAUAAGACGGAGUCUGGGCCCUCAGUUGUGUCGUUUAAUACCCUCAUGUCAAGGUUUUGUAAAUUGGGUUUUCUGGAUGUUGCUCAGUCAUUCUUUUGUACGAUGCUCAAAUUUGGACUGCCACCUGAUACAUACACUUACAAUAUCCUCAUCCAUGGUUUGUGUGUAGCAGGUUCCAUGGAAGAGGCAAUAGAAUUUGCAAAUGAUAUGGAGAAGAGUGGACUGGGUCCUGAUGUUGUGACAUUCAAUAAUCUUGCUAAAGGAUUUCAUCUCCUGGGUCUAAUUGGUGGGGCUUGGAAAGUCAUUAAUAAAAUGCUGCUCAAAGGGUUGCAUCCUGAUCAGGUAACGUACACCAUUCUUAUAUGCGGACAUUGCCAGGCAGGCGAUAUAGAUGAAGGCUUAAAGCUUAGGGAGGAGAUGCUUUCGCUGAAUUUGCCAUUGAAUAGCAUCUCAUACACAGUACUGCUCAGCAGCCUGUGUAAAAGUGGUCGAGUUGUUGAAGCAUUGAACUUACUAUAUGAAAUGGAAGAUACUGGCGUGCAACCAGACAUAGUGACAUAUUCUAUCCUCAUCCAUUGGCUUUGCAAGCAAGGCAAAGUUCAAAAAGCUAUUAUGGUCUAUCAGGACAUGAUAUCAAAGAGGAUCUUUCCAAAUUCUUUUUCACAAACUUCCAUUCUGCUGGGAAUGUGUCAAAGGAGGACUAUAAAAGAGGCUAGGAUGUAUUUCGAUGCUCUCACAAGAAGCAAUUUGACAGAUUGUGUUGUUUGGUAUAACAUUAUGAUUGAUCAGUAUGCAAAAUGUGGAGAAAUUGGAGAAGCUGUGGAUCUCUACAAACAGAUUGUUACAAAGGGGAUCACUCCUAGUACUGUAACUUUUAACUCUCUCAUUUUUGGAUUCUGCAAACAAAGAAAACUUGACGAGGCUAGGUGGUGUUUGGAUGCUAUGAAGUUAUAUGGACUGAUACCUAGCGCCAUAACUUAUACUAUUCUUAUGAAUGCAUUUUGCGAAGAACGUAAUAUGCAUAGCAUGCUGGCAUUGUUUCAUGAGAUGGAAACAAAAGCUGUAGUCCCAACACAUGUCACGUACACAGUGAUCAUUAAAGGACUUUGCAGGCAAUGGAAGCUGCAAGAGGCUGUACAAAUCCUCAAUGGAAUGUAUACUAAGGGCUUAAGACCCGAUCAAGUCACCUAUAAUACCAUUAUCCAGAGCUUCUGCAAAGCAAGAAACCUGGAAAAUGCAUUUCAGUUGCACACUGAGAUGUUAGCGCGUGACCUUGAGCCCACUCCGGUUACUUAUAAUCUACUUAUAAAUGGACUUUGUGUGUAUGGUGAAUUAACAGAUGCUGAUAGCUUGCUGGUUUCUCUUCAAGACAGAAAUGUAAACCUGACAAAGGUUGCUUAUACCACCAUCAUCAAAGCACAUUGCGCGAAGGGCGAUGUGGAAAGAGCAAUUUUUUACUUCGGUCAAAUGAUGGAGAAGAGAUUCGAAAUAUCAAUUAGAGAUUAUAGUGCUGUAAUUAAUAGAUUAUGCAAACGGUCCUUACUUGCUGAAGUUAAAACUUUUUUCCUUAUGAUGUUAUAUGAUGGCAUAUCUCCAGAUCAUCAGAUAUGUGAAGCAAUGCUCGAUGCUUUUCGUGAGGGCGGAGACCUUCAAUCAUAUUUCCAACUUCUGGGCGAGAUGAUUAAACUUGGCUUGCUCCUAGAUUAAGCAUGGGGAUUUAAUCAUUGACGCCCCUCGUGGGAAGGAAAGCUGUGUCUCUAUGUAGAAACUGACAUAACAGGCAUUGUGAAUAGUAAUUUCUAAUGGAGCUGGCUGCCCUCAUUGAACUCUUCAACUGCGCUCCCUGGUUAUCAAACAUAGUUCAUCUUAUUGGUUAAUCUGUGUGGAAUAUGCUCCAUUCCAAUGUUUCCGUGGAAUAUGCAUAUCAGGUGAGAUGAUUAAAGUCUGCAUACUUGCAGAUUAAUUGUGGGGACUCCGUCAUUGAUUCCCUGAAGCUCUUUGCUUGUUUAGCCUUGUGUAAGAGGUCAUGGUUUCAUGUUUGUGAAGAAUUCAUUGAUCUCCGUUGAUUCUGCUGCCUUGGGUCAUUCCUUCAACUAUUUUCAGUGAUGAUCAGACGGUAUUCCUUAUUGAUUAAUUGGUGCGGAACUUGCUCCUUCCAAAUGACUCUAAUUAGUUGGGAAUACUUAUUUCGUGGAAGUCUGCAAGUCAGAACGAGUUAAACUUCACAUAAAUCCAAGUAGCCUUUCCCAUUGGGAUUUUCGGUUUUUUCAAGAUGGCUCAUUCCAUGAAGCAUCAUCAGGCACUUGUAAUAUCGUUGGCCCUGUUUCAAUUUGGUGCAUUAUCGGGAGGGAAUGACUCGCCAGCUGUUGCCCGCUGCAAAAGCACCAUGAUGAAAUAGAGAGGUGGUGUUGUCUCCUACUGCAAUAUCCCUCCGAGGAGUUCUCUAUUUUGACAAAGCUUGAGAGGCCUUGUCUGUAACCUCAGAUCCUCGGGUCAAUGGUUUGAUAGAUGAUGGAGAGGAGUGCAAAGGCUGUUAAAAGGAAACAUAAGUUAGGCAGUCUCAAUUCAAUCUUUUGAACAUCCUAUGCGGCGGUCGAUCUUGGAAACUGCCUGAUUCGGGCUACGGAUGGGUGGGUAAAGAUUGCCAUUUUGUUAAAAGCACAUCAAAGAAGUUUGGCGGACUAUAAUAGAAUCACAAAA